AUGCCUCGCUCGUUUCGCAGCCGCUCGUUCUCGUCCUCCUCUUUCUCAACCAGCACGUCCUCCUCGUUUUCUUCUGACCCAGUCUCUGGUCGUUCAAUUGCUCGAACUCCCUCCACGCAAAAACUGAAACGAUGGCUUUCGUCGCAUAUUCUCCGUCGACCGAGCCCCGAUCUGGAUUUCACCCACCACUAUCACCACCGUAUGAACAACAACAACAACAAAUGGUCCAAUUCAGAUAUCAUUUCUCACUCCCAACAAUCUUCAACCAUUCAAGUCUCCCCAAAUCAGGCUGGGUUAAUCGGACAGCCUCGGUUCACGCACUUUUAUUAUGAUCACGAGUACCCCGAUUACGAGUCAUUAGAUGGCGGCCAAGCCCAGGCCCAACGCCACGCCGGGAGCCACCAACAGCAAGGGCAUGAUGGGGAUGAAAUAAAAGCAGUAGAAGGAGAGGAAGAGGACGAGCGGGAAAAGAACAUUGCGCUAUGUGACAACUACGCCGCCUUCUGCCGUGCAUUCACUUCUUCGCCUGUCGACUACCGUAAUAUACCUAGACAGCCUCUUCCACGACUCCCCCCAUCUACACCAUGCGAGGAAUAUGAAGACCACGUCGGUCCGGUUGGAAAUCCUGCUUCUGCAGAAGACGUGUCGCAGGUGAUUUUCCUACCUGUCGGUGCGCAUGGCUAUCACCCUGCAUCGUGGACGUUGCCUAGGGCUCCAUCCCCGCCACCGGGGAUUCUCACGCCGAGACGGUAUGAGGAGCUUCAGCAGCAGCAGAGAAGGGAGGAAUCGUUGAGGCACAAGACGAAACGCAGGAAAGGCGCUUUUAUGUGGUGCAUGCUUGCUCGAACAUCCUGGUGGCCGUGGGCCCGGAAAAAAGAAUCUUGA